AUGUCAAUUCCUUUUAAUUUUCAAUUACCAUUAAAUCACUCAACAACCGACAACCACAUUCUUUUAGAUGUUCAAUCGAACAGCAACAAAACAACAAAUCCAAUCUCAUUUUUCGAUCAUCAACCAAUCAUUUCCAUCAAUAUUAAUAAUAAUAAUAAUAAUAUUUCAUUCUUCAAUGACCAUCAAUCAUCGAUUCCAUGUUUUAAUUCAAGUAAUAUUUUAACUCAUUGCCAAUCAAACAAUCUCACAAUCCUCACCAAUCCAUCCACCCUCCACAUUCAUCUCCAAUCGAUCAACAAUCAUCAAACCAUUGGACAAUCAUCUAAUAAUAAUAGUAUCAACAAAAACAAAACUACAAAAACAAAUAAUAACAACAACACAAGACCAAAAAAUAAUAAUAAUAAUAACAAUUAUUCCUCUUACAUAGACAAACAACCCAUUCACUCUCUAUCAACCAUAAACCAUCCAUCUAUCCACCAUUCACUAUACAUCUAUCCACCAUCCAUCUAUACACCAUCCACUCCAUCAUCCAUCCACCAUCCAUCUAUACACCAUCCCUAUCCAUCAUCCAUUCAUCCAUCCACCAUCCAUCUAUCCACCAUCCAUUCAUGCAUUAAUCCAACCAUCCACUAUCCAUCCAUCCUCUAUCCAACCAUCCACCAUUCAUCCAUCCUCUAUCCAACCAUCCUCUGUUCAUCCAUCCGCCAUCCAUCCUUCAUCAUUUUCCAUCUGCCCAUUGUAUAUCCGCUAUCAAUCUAUCCAUCUAUCCACCAUCAUUUUCCAUCUUCCCAUUGUAAAUCCGCUUUCCAUCUAUCCAUCCAUCUAUCCAUCCAUCCACUAUCCACCAAUCAUCCAUCCUCUAUCCAAGUUAUUAAUAUGUUUAUAUAUUUAAAAAUUGAGACAGUCUCUGAUAUAAAUAGAUUUAUUCAAUGA